UCUGGUAAAACCGGGGGCGUCUGCAACCAUUUUUACCCAGACGACUGCGUGGGCAUUUUAAUGUGCUUUUGGAAGAGUCACCCGACUAUAUUUGAAGAUAAACAACAGCGGGCGAAAACAGAAACCUGGCUGGGGGAAUUUCAGUUUGCAAUUAGCAGACAAUGGCCGCAAACAACAUCAACAACAAUGCCAGCAUCUUGGAAUCCGGCCAGGAAUCCAACGGCAUCAUCCAGGCCUUACUGACUGACCAGUACCAGAUCACCAUGGCCUAUGCCUACUGGAAGAGUCGCAGGACGGACAGCCGCGCCGUCUUCGAUCUCUUCUUCCGACGGAAUCCCUUCAGGGGAGAGUUCACCAUUUUCGCCGGCUUGCAGGAGUGCCUUAGAUUCCUGAAGAACUUCCGGUAUACGGAUUCCGACAUUGCGUUUCUGCGCACUGUGCUGCCGCCCACCACCGAGCGAGGUUUUUUCGACUACCUCUCCGCUCUCAACUGCUCGGCCAUCCAGCUGUAUGCAAUCGACGAGGGCUCCGUGGUAUUUCCCAGGGUGCCUCUGUUGAGGAUCGAGGGUCCCUUGCCUCUGGUUCAGCUGCUGGAGACGACGCUUCUGAAUCUGAUCAACUAUGCGAGCUUGGUAGCAACCAACGCAGCGAGAUUCCGGCUGGCGUCUGGUCCCAAUAAGCAGCUUCUGGAGUUUGGCCUUCGUCGCGCGCAGGGGCCGGACGGAGGUCUGUCAGCCAGUAAAUACAGCUACAUCGGAGGGUUUGAUGCCACAAGUAACGUCCUGGCAGGCAAACUGUACAACAUUCCUCUGCGGGGGACCAAUGCGCACUCGCUAGUCAUGUCCUUUCGCAGUAUUGACGACCUAAAAAAUAAGAUGCUUCAGCCUAAAGAUGCCACCAGCGACCCCAUCGAUCUCGCUGCCAGCUCCUUAGCCUGGUUGGACAAAGUCUGCCAGCUACUGGACCUGCGGGACACAAACGAAGGGGAGCUAGCGUCCUUCAUUGCCUACGCUGUUGCUUUCCCGCAAGGCUUCCUAGUUCUUGUAGACACCUAUGACGUGCUAAAGAGUGGCGUUGCCAAUUUCUGCGCAGUCUCUCUAGCCCUCAACGAUAUCGGGUAUAAAGCUGUCGGGGUACGUAUCGACAGUGGAGAUUUAGCCUACCAGUCUCUGGAAAUCAGGAAAAUCUUCGAGAGAGUUGCUCAGGAGUUUGGAUUGCCAUGGUUCUGCGAUGUGACAAUCGUUGCUAGUAAUGAUAUCAAUGAGGAGACCCUGCACUCGCUUCAACAACAGGGCAACUCCAUCGAUGCUUUUGGAAUCGGCACACAUCUUGUGACGUGCCAGAAGCAGCCAGCUCUUGGGUGUGUCUUUAAGUUGGUCCAGAUCGAUGACGAACCACGUAUCAAACUGAGUCACGACAUCGAGAAAGUCACUAUACCGGGCAGAAAGACGGCAUACCGACUUUACGGAUCGGACGGCCUGGCUAUUGCCGAUCUGAUGGCCCAACCGUCGGAAACAUCCCCAGAGGCACAGAAAGUUGUGCUGUGCCGGCACCCGUUUGAGGCUCUUACAAGAGUGAACGUCCGGCCAACGAAAGUGGAUAAACUUCACAAGCUCUACAUGAAAGACGGAGAAAUUUGCCAGCCCUUGCCAACUCUGUCCGAGGUCCGUGACAAUGUCAAACGCAGCAUGCAGACGCUGCGGUCGGACGUCAAACGCGAGCUCAACCCUACACCUUACAAGGUGUCUGUGACAUCCAAUCUCUACCAUUUCCUGCACGACCUUUGGCAGGAAAGCCUUCCGGUUGGUCAGCUCAGCUGAGGUCACUUGGGGUCAAAGGUCAGAUGUCAAGCUGCUGAGCACAGAGAACUUGCUAGAGCACAGAAAAAAAAUAUUUGCUUAACAAAAUCAAGUGACCCGCCAAAAGUGUGGUAAUAGAAUUAUUUUUAAAUGGAUAAGAAUAUUGCAGGUUUCGUAUUGGAUGGAAUUUUUGAGCAAGAGUACUUUUAGCAGGGUGACAAAUUGGGAUGUACGAAAGUAGUGUUUACUACUGAACUAGUUCUUGUAAAUUGUUCGAUUACCAAAAUCAACAAAAUGUACCAGACAUCAUUUUCGUACUUUCAGUGUCAUCUUUGACACAGUCUUUUUAAAAUGAUAGUGUUAUUUUACUGCAUUGUAAUGAAUUCAAUUUUUUGGCAGGACAAUUAAUUUUUUUACUUGAUUAGCAAUAUUGAUAUUUUAAAACUGAAAUUAUGUUAUCCAAAAUUUAACGAUAAAUUAUAUUUUUGUAUGUGCAGUACUAUAUAUGAUUAGAUUUAGAAUGUUAUUGAUGCAAUUAUAUCGUAAAUGAGAUUUUAUGUCAGCUGUGAGAAUCAUGCUCACCAUGAUACUAUUUCAGUUUUGUCCAAAGAUACCAGAAAUUUGGCAUAUUUAUUAAAUUUAGGGCUUUUGACUGAUUUGGGUUGGUGCUAUCAAAUAGAUAUUGUUGCCAAUCGUUUAGUUUUCUAAUAUUUGUAAAAUUCCGGAACACUUCUUUUGAUGAAAAGGUUACAUCAGUAGUUAUGCUAAUAUUGUUCAAAUGCAACAUUUUCACAUUUACUGGGUUUAGUGAAGAAAUUGACUGGGCUUGGAUUGGAACCUGUGACCACCAGAACAAUGCAAUGGUGCUCUUCCAACAACUGAGCUAUCGAAUCCAGCCCUAUGUUGGCGGCUUUUUUUUUUGUCAACAUGUUAACUCAAAGGGUGGUUUAUUUGAUAAAUUACAAGAUGUUUACCAAAAGAUUAUUUAAUAUUUAACAAAAUUUCUAAAUUUCUUGAAGAAUUCUGCAUGCACCACUUUAUUGUGCCAUUGACUGUCCAUUAAGAGAUUUAAAUAAUCACCAUUUUUCUAAAUGUAGCAUAUUCACUUUCUUAUUAUGUCUCUUCCAGUGUACUGCUAAUUCUUUACUCUUGAUUUGUUAAAUCAUAAAAUUUGCCUAUGUAAAUGUUUCUGUUGAGACAUUAUGGCAACAAAAUUAACAAACACCCGUUGUUCUUGAGUUUUCAGAUUUUGUGGUUUUAUUUCUAAAUAUAAAAAUAGUGGAAUAUUUGUACGCAAACGCAUUUACAGAAUAGAAAACUGAUUUCUGACAAAAUUUAAAAUUUCGGGGUUUUUUGGCACUAAAAUGUUAUUUCAGUGAUAUAUGUGAGUAACCAAAGUAGAUGUAUCUAAUUUAAAAUGUUCUUGGCACUGAUCUGUAGGUAUAAAACAAAAUAUUUUAUUAGAAAUUUAAGUUAUCAAUUUUUUUUCUGAGGGUGGGCGGAGAGACAUUUGCCCCCCCCCACCCCCAUUGACACCCCUG